GGGGCAGCAGCGUCUUUAACCAAUAUUUAUUUGCACAAACGUCAUGAAGAAAAAGAAAAGGUUAUAGUUUACGGUACUGACCAAAGAGCCUUGAAAGAAGGAGGUCGCAGUACAUACCAGUGUAACUGGGAGCCGUUCCAGCAGAGCUGAGCCACCAUGCUGACAUGUAGGGCUGUAUGGAAGAAGCUUGCACCUAUAGCCAGAGCCUCAUCAACUGUAUGCCGGCAGAAUGUGAGGAGAGCAGGGUUGAACAAUGCCAGAACACCACUGUGUGUGCCUGUGGCGCACAUGUCCACGGGGCCAGUGGGUGGAGGUGGAGACAACCUGAAAUAUGCCCUCCUAGUUGGAGCAGCCUUCGUUGGUGGCAUAACAUACGCUGUUAUUACCAUAAGGGGAGACCAGGAAAGACAUAUGGAGCGUAUGGCAGAAAUUUCCUCCAGAAAGCAAAAAUCAGCCACAAAACAACCAGCCACACAGCUCCAUGCAGAACCUCAUGCCCUUCCUGAGCCAAAACCCGUAGUGCCACCUUCACCAGAGGACUCGAGCCCCCCAGCUGAAGUCACUGCGCCGGGUGCUGAAACAGCAUCCCCCGGUGAAUCUGCAGAGCCUCCAGAUGCAGACUCCAAACCUGCUUCUCGUACAUUGCCCUCACACGCCCCCUACCUCUUGAUUGGAGGAGGUACAGCCUCUUUCGCAGCUGCUCGAUCUAUCCGAGCCAGAGACCCUGGUGCCAAGGUACUGAUUGUGACUGAUGAGGCAGACCUUCCAUACAUGAGACCGCCUCUUUCUAAGGAGCUGUGGUUCUCUGACGACCCCAGUGUAACAGAAACUCUGCGUUUCAAACAGUGGAACGGGAAGGAAAGGAGUAUUUACUUCCAGCCGCCGUCGUUUUACAUUGAUCCAGAAGAUCUGAAUAGUGCUGAAAAUGGGGGCGUGGCUGUCCUCACUAGCAGAAAGGUGGUUCAUAUGGAUGUGAGAGGAAACACAGUAAAACUGGACGACAAUACGGAGAUUUCAUAUGACAAGUGCUUGAUUGCUACAGGUGGGGUCCCAAGGAAUCUGCAGGUAAUCGAAAGAGCAGGAGAGGAGGUGAUGAAGAGGACAACUUUGUUCCGCAAGAUUGAAGACUUUAAAUCACUGGAUAAGGUGUCGAGAAACAUGAAGUCCAUCACUAUUAUUGGAGGUGGAUUCCUGGGCAGUGAGGUGGCCUGUGCACUUGGCAGGAGAUCAUCAGAGUCUGAAUUAGAGGUGAUUCAGAUGUUCCCAGAGAAGGGCAACAUGGGCAAGGUGCUACCUGAGUAUUUGAGCAACUGGACAACAGAAAAUGUCAAGAAAGAGGGUGUAAAGGUCAUCACAGAAGCGCUGGUGAAAACUGUGUCUUACAAAGAUGAUAAACUAGAAAUCAAACUCAAGGAUGGACGAUUGGUAAAGACGGAUCACAUUGUCGCAGCUGUCGGCCUGGAGCCCAAUGUGGACCUCGCCAAGUCAGCGGGUCUAGAAGUGGACUCGGACUUUGGUGGCUAUCGGGUCAACGCGGAGCUGCAGGCUAGGUCCAACAUUUGGGUGGCUGGAGAUGCUGCCUGUUUCUAUGACAUCAGGCUGGGCCGCCGACGAGUUGAGCACCACGACCACGCUGUCGUCAGCGGGAGACUUGCAGGAGAGAACAUGACGGGAGCCAGCAAACCUUACUGGCAUCAGUCCAUGUUCUGGAGUGACCUGGGACCUGAUGUCGGCUAUGAGGCUAUUGGGAUUGUUGACAGCAGUCUGCCGACAGUAGGAGUGUUUGCCAAAGCCACUGCCAAGGACACACCGAAAGCUGCUACUGAGGAGUCGGGUACUGGGAUCCGCUCAGAGAGUGAAACAGAGGACACCGCGUCCAGCGCGGUGGCCUCCACAACACCGGCUCCUCCUGUCGAACACAAAGACAAAUAUGGAAAAGGAGUCAUCUUCUACCUGAGAGACAAAGUGGUGGUGGGGAUUAUCCUGUGGAACGUGUUUAACAGAAUGCCCAUCGCAAGAAAGAUCAUCAAGGACGGAGAGGAGCAUGCAGAUCUGAACGAGGUGGCCAAGCUGUUCAACAUCCAUGAGGAAUAAUUGACUGGAGGCUCACACUCAAGGGAGAGAGUUUUACUUUAUCCAAAGAACGGACUCUGGCAGUGAUCGCCACCAUCAUUAAGACAACCCGUCAUGGCUACCAAAUGCGAGGAUCAAUGUAUAUUAAACUGUUGAUAUUUUCAUAUUUGGAUUUUGUAUCUGCUGUCUUGUCUUGUUUGGUUUUAUUACCAGAUGACAAGUCCUUGUGUUGUUUUCCUUCCACCACCAUUUCUGUGAUUGCCACUUCCCCACCAGGCUGAACUGUUCUCCUUCUGUGUGAUCGGAGCAGCUUGUAGUCAGAAAAGCUGCAAUAAAAGCUAUUUUUAAAUUGGA